AUGUUCUUCACCAACAGGAUGUGGAAUAAUGUACCUGAAGCUAGAGGCAUAUCAACACUCUCCAAACUAAGCUUAAAAUCCGGUGAUUGCCAUAAACAGAGUGUUUUGGACUAUGGUAACAACACUAUUGGGAUAUUAGAUAAGUCCAUUUCAAAUUUAGAGAUGGAAUUAGUAGCUGCUAGAGCUGAACGUGAGUCUUUAUCCGGAGAAGCCAAGAAACGAAAAUACUUCAUGGUUAUCGGUAUUAACACGGCGUUUAGUAGCCGUAAGAGACGUGACUCGGUCCGGUCAACAUGGAUGCCACAAGGAGAGAAGCUUAAGAAACUGGAGGACGAGAAAGGCAUCAUUGUUCGCUUUGUUAUAGGACAUAGUAUGUUAUCUCACGGGAUUCAAGAGAAAGCUAUCGAAGCAGAGAAGCAAACACAUGGAGAUUUCUUGAGACUGGAACAUACCGAAGGAUACAUGGAGUUAUCAGCCAAGACAAAGACUUUCUUCGCUACAGCUGUUUCCUUGUGGGACGCAGAAUUCUACAUCAAAGUCGACGAUGACGUUCAUGUGAAUCUUGCUACUCUGAAGAAGACUUUAUCGGUGCACCGGAGCAAGCCUAGGGUUUAUGUAGGUUGCAUGAAGUCCGGUCCCGUCCUAGCCAGACAGGGUGUGAAGUAUCAUGAACCGGAGUAUUGGAAGUUUGGAGAGAUCGGGAACAAGUAUUUCCGCCAUGCAACAGGACAUUUUUACGCCAUUUCUAAGGAUCUAGCUACUUACAUAUUGAUAAACCAGAACUUACUGCAUAAAUAUGCGAAUGAGGAUGUUUCGUUGGGAUCUUGGUUCAUUGGAUUGAACGUGGAACAUGUUGAUGACAGACGACUCUGCUGCAGUACUUCUCCUCAUGAUUGUGAGCUAAAAGCAUUGAUGGGGAGUGUUUGUGCGGCUUCGUUCGAUUGGAAGUGCAGCGGAAUCUGUCGGUCAGCUGAGAGAAUGGCCGAUGUUCACGAACGUUGUGGCGAACCUGAAAAUGCGUUAUGGACAUCAAACUCUUAA